UUCCGACUGCAUGUAUCCCUGUUCUACCGUGAGUCUCUGGUCAAGAAGGUAACCACCUCUAGUCCUGAAGGCUGCCGGAUCACCUCUUCCUCCUCCUCAUCUUCCUCCUCCUCAUCUUCCUCUCCGUCCUCCCCCUGCCCUGAGGACAGGCUGUACAGCGGUGCAGAGACAGUGCUGUUUCCCUCCCCUUACCCCCAGUCUCAGAGGAGGGGGGCGGAGAAGCUACCCAACGUCCUGGAGAGGGGUGUGCUCCUGUGGAUGGCGUCAGAUGGGCUCUAUGCCAAGCGGCUGUGCCAGAGUCGUGUGUACUGGGAAGGCCCGCUGGCACCCUACACGGACAAACCCAACAAACUGGAGAAAGAACAGACCUGCAAGCUGUUUGACACUCAGCAGUUCCUCACUGGUGAGAAACAGUAUUUUGAUUGUGAGAUGAUGAUGAUGGUGCUGAACGUUGAUGAUGGUGGUGAGGAGACCUACUGUAGAAUGUGAAGUCCCUCUCCAACAGCCCCCGCCCACCUCCUGUGGUCCACCUCUCAGUCUCUAGCUGUAGUUUACAUGUGAACCACUCAUUUGUCACACCAAGGACUUCCUUGCAAAUAACUGGAAAAACCUUUCACUGACUCCUCUUUCUCAUUCUGUGAACCUCUUCCUUUUAGAAUGUUCCAUGCAGUGAUACUGGAUCACAAUACCCAUCCCUCUCAAGCUAAAAGUCCUUCAUUCAUGAGCAAAGUAGAUGUUUCCAGCUGUUUGGUGACGAACUGGUGAAUUGGAGGUGAAAUAAGGUGAUAAACUCAUUGUCCCUCCAUCCCUCCUUCCAGAGCUGCAGUCGUAUGCCCACAAUGGCCGUCCCAUGCCCAGGCACCAGGUGGUGCUGUGUUUUGGAGACGAGUACCCGGACCCUCUGCGCCAGGCCAAGAUGAUCACAGCACAGGUACAGUACAUUACAGACUCUCGCUGUCUUAUUAGGGUUGGAAUCAACAAUGCAUUACAAUAAUAGUCCAACAUGAGAAAGGCUGAAAUAAAAAUAAAAUAAAAUAUAGCCUGCCUAGUCUUGUUACUCAUGAUGAUAAACAAAGGACUCUAUCAUGUAAGUCCCCUGUAGCUCAGUUGGUAGAGCAUGGCGCUUGCAACGCCAGGGUUGUGGGUUCGUUUCCCACGGUGGGCCAGUUUGAAAAUGUAUGCACUCACUAACUGUAAGUCGCUCUGGAUAAGAGCGUCUGCUAAAUGACUAAAAUGUAAACAUGUCCCAAAUCGCUCUCUCCCUUGGCCCUAACCCAUCGAUGUUUGCAAAUCUGUAGGGUCUGGAUAGGUAUAAGCAGUGCGUAUUGCUUACAGAUUUGCAGAAACUAAAGGUUAGGCCCAAGGGGGAGGGGAAGGGAGAGAUUUGCUAUUCUUGGUUACCCAGAAAUAAAUUAUCACGAAAUAUGGUCAGUUUACUUAUGGGUAAAAACGUGUUAACAAUUGAGAGUUCCGUUGUAGCAGAAAGGAAGCAAAGUCUCCACCCUCGUAAAACGAAAGUCUCCCCCUCCUCUAAUUAAGUACUGCGCACACGGCUUGAAAUCACUGUCCCCAGUUUUUAUAUUUUAGCGCCGCCUUCACCCAAUCCUGAUUCGUCCAAAUAAUCAGUGACAAAACCCAAACACAGGAACUACUGCUGCUAGUUAUCUCAGCCAUUCUAUUACAGCCCUGACAGAUUAUCUCGGUUUACACACAGAAUCUGCCCAAGAGAGAUUAGGUAAAUUCAUUGGCAUUCAUAAUUCAUGGUGUGACCCCUGUAUGUGUUGCAGGUGGAGCCCAUGUUUGUCAGGGACCUGUUAUACUUCAGCCAGCAGAGCAGCAGUCACUGCCUGAGGGACUACGAGCUCCAGGGACACACAGAGAGCUCCCCUCCGGCUCCAGGAGUCUACCAGAGGACCCUGCAACAGAGCUCCCCUCUAGCUCCAGGAGACUACCAGAGGACCCUGCAACAGAGCUCCCCUUUAGCUCCAGGAGACUACCAGAGGACCCUGCAACACAUGCAGGAGUAA